CUCAUGUUUCUCCUCCUCUCCCUCCGCCUGUUUUCCAUUUCUCCUCAUAUUCAACGCCACCCCUUAGCAUCUCCUUUCAUGAUCUCUCAGAUCGUCGUCGAGAACUUCAAGUCGUACGAGGGCCGCCAGCUGAUCGGGCCCUUCAGGAAGUUCACCUGCGUCAUCGGGCCCAACGGUGCAGGGAAGUCGAACCUUAUGGACGCCAUAAGCUUCGUCCUCGGGGUGCAGGCCCGCGUGCUCCGUUCCGAGAAGCUCCGCGACCUCAUCUACCGCAGGGAAGGUGAGGAUCCUAAGAAGAACCAGCGCACCGCCUCGGUGGACCUCGCCUACGUGGACGACGCGGCGGGCGGCGAGGGAGAGACCCUCGUUUUCAGCCGGGCCAUCACAAAGUCUGGCGAGGCGCGUUUCUUCGUUUGUGGCCAGGCAGUGACGCAGGCGGAGUACCUCAAGCGCCUCGAGGGCAUCAACAUCCUCUCCAAGGUGCGCAAUUUCCUGGUCUUCCAGGGCGACGUGGACGCCACGGCGCAGCGGCAGGGCAAGGAUCUGACCGCCUUCUUCGAGCAGAUAUCGGGCUCCGAACAGCUCCGCCCGGAGUACGAGCGGUUGGCGGCGGCGAAGACAAAGAUUGAGGACAACGCCAGGUUCCUCUUCACUAAAAAGCGCAACGCCAUCAACGAGAAGAAGCGGGUGCAGCAGCAGAAGGACGAGGCCGACGAGUACAGGCGCCUGGAGGGGGAGAGGUGCGGCCUCCAGCGCGAGUUCUACCUCUUCAGGCUCCACGGCAUCUCGCAGCACCUGGAGGAGGUGGUUCGCAACCGCGCUGGCGCCCGCGCCGACCUGGACGCACACCGUGCCGCCGCGGAGGCCGAGCGCGCUGGCUUGGAGGCCGCCGACGCCGAGCGCGCGCGGGCGCACCUGGCGACGGCGCAGGCGGAGAAGGCCGAGUCUGGGGCGCGGGCGCGGCUCGACAAGGCGAAGCCAGAGCAGGUCGCCGUGGCGAGCCGGCUGGAGUUCGUGCGGCAGCGCAUCGAGGGCCCCAGGCUGCGGGGGGCUCCCAGCAGUGCCGAGGCCGGACCACUCAUCCCAGUUGUGAGGGCGCUCCUGGAUAAAGCGGGCUGGCACUUGGAGCUCCCGCAUGGCCCAUUCGGUGCCACCACUUGGCGCCUGGAGGCCCUGGAGGCCGUGCUGGCCAGAGGCGCCGACAGUCGGAAGGAGCUCAAUGCGUCCGCCGCGGAGUUCAUCCCGUCUGCUGGAUUUUGGGAGCCUUGCGUGCUGGGUGUGGUUCCUCGUUGCCCCCCAGGGCGCUGGGAGGUAUCAGGGGCUGCAGGCCGGCGAUGUAUUUGUGGCACUGUCGUGUUCGUGGAGCAGGGCUGGGCGCCCUCGAGUGUCAUGGAGCCGCAGGCCGCUGCCGAGAGCAGAGCCGCCAACCAGCUGGAGGACAAGCAGGUGGCCGCGAUGACCGUCGGAGUCUCUUGCGCAGCAGGUCCCGAGGGUCCCAUCGCCGAUGCGAACGCCGAGCCUGACUACAACCAGCUGAUGAAGAAGUAUUGGAACGACCCCAAGGUGACGGAGGCCUGCGAAAAGGACUGCGGCGCGCGGACACCACAGCGAUAA